AUGACAACACCUAAAACGUCUCGCAAGACACAAAAUCUCGAGGCGAAUUCCGUCGUUUCUCUUCUGGUACACGAUUGGAUAUCUCAUCGGCCUCCAACGUUAAACCAGCCAGGUCGUUCACCCUCACCAUCAGGUCCUGCGCCACGUUCUGGAUCAUUAGCUGAGCUCCUCCUUGGCAUGAACACUGCGUCCCUAAGUCGCAUAAGUGCCACCAUCAAUGGAAUUGCUGAGCUUGUACCUUCUGGUUCUGAAGAAGAGACAUGGUACAAAGCCCAGCACCUAGCCAACAAUACCUUCAGUCAGGGUGGUGAGGAUACGUACUCAAGUUCUCCCGUUGGAGAGGGACUCUGGGGUGGUGGUGGGUUAGGCUCGCAAACAGCUGCAGCAGAUGAAACGUUAAGAGAGGGUGACGGAGGCACCAAAUGCUACGUCGAAGGAGGAGAGGUCAGGGUUGUCGUGGUCAAGGUUCGUGACGGACGCAUCGCAGAUUGGAAAGGUCAAGUCAGAGAUUGGAGUCUCUCAGAUAACACGCAGGAUUCUAGACCCAACGGCGUGUCAUCAUGA